UACAUGUUACAGGAACUGAUGUUAUAUAUUAUCACCCUAUAGACUUAAUCUUGACUGCUCAAUUUCCGCAAUUUUGCUUCUUCUACAAGAAGUUAUAUAAAAUGUACAUAAUAUAAUUCAACUUUUCUUAAAACUUUGUCUGAAACCAAAGUUAUCAUAGACUUGACUAAAACUUGUAUUUUCCGAUAAACAAUAGGUCUAUUAUGACGUAAACCAUGUGAGGAUAAAACCAAAAGCACAAAAACCAUGCAGGUAUUUAAUAAAGACAAAACGGGGCAAAUGAAGUAUAAUUUGUUAUUUUGGCUGUUUUAUAUAUUUGGAAAUGUUGCUGCUGUCCAUUCUCUGCAAAGCCUAUCAGGUCGACAAAAGCGUGCGGAAUCACCUGGCGAAGAUUACAGUACAGCACCAGAUGUAAUCUACGUUAUACAAAGAGCUGGCGUAACGAACUCCGAUUUCGCCUAUGUGAAGAAAUUCAUUGGACUUGCGGUGCACAGUUUAACAAGCAUAUCACCUGGAAAGGCAAAUAGCAGAUUGGCCAUUACCAUCUUCACCGCUCUGGCCCAACACCCCAUUGAUUAUACUAACUGCUGUAGAGGCGGAAGGUCAGGGCUGCAAAGGAAAAUUAAUGAAGUUUCGAUGUACAGCGAAGUAGUAAUCCGAAAGCUGGAUAGAGGAGACCAUAGUGACCUCGACCCGAAUACGAUUGACGUCGGCUAUGCACUUCGCGCUAUAAGAUCGAAAUACUUGAGGCGGAAUGCCGCAAAGCUGAAACCGACUCUGAUUGUUCUGGUUGUUAACUUCCAAGCGCCUUAUGCAAGCUUUCGAUUACUGCUUGAUGCUAUGGAUGAAGUGAAGGCCUGCAAAGAGGAGGGGGCAUGGUUGGUUACAAUUAUAGUGGAUCCAAUGGAGAAUAGGCAACCAAGACUGAAAAUAAAGAUAGCCACAAGAUCUCAUAUUCCAGAUGAAAGCAGAACAAAAAGAAGUUCGCUUUCAAGAACACAAGAAAGUUUGAGACGACUAAGAGAAUUUCUAAGUCGUCCGGGACCAUUUGACGCGAUUGAAGAACCGCAUUACCAUUACGAACUUAUAAAGAAGAUUCAGUCAGGAAACGAAUCAAACAGAAAUGACUUCUUAAAAAGCUUGGCACGAAUCCAAACCGCUCGAAUAACAUCAUCUGAAUUGUACCACAACCUGGCAGAAACAUACGCAGAGGCAAUGGCGAGUCGACCGGAAUAUGGAUUUCGGAUUUCUCGAUAUGCAGAUCUCGUGCGUCCUCCAGUGGCACCCACAAUUGCGAAACUUUUGGUAAAGGCGAUGUCAUGGUUUGGAGACGGAGAGGUGAGCGCAACUUGCAAGAAUACGAAGCACUUGGUGGCAAAGUCUAUUUGGAGCCCAGGUCUUUUCUCCGACGGGAAGUAUCCGACCACACUUAUGUGUGAGUGGAGAAUCAAAGCACGAGCUGGACAUAAAGUUCAUCUAAGGUUCGAUAUUUUCAACACGGAAGAAACAUUUGACCAAGUCAAAGUUUACGACGCUCACGUUGCCGAUGAGGAUCAAAUUCUAGCGACAUUCAGCGGGGACCUCUCUGGAGACCUACCCGAAGUUACAAGCACAGAAGAACUAAUGAUGGUUGUGUUUCAAACCGAUGCCGGUCAUGGUGGCCAGGGAUUCCGUGGUUUUUGGAAACCAGUGGUUCGGUUUGAAACUAUAGAUGAUGCAGAAGUUUUAUACUUAGUCGAUGUUUCAGCAAGCUUAGAAGGGGAUAAUUUGGCACCGGUAGGACCCUGGAUAAAACUUGCUACCAAGUUUUUCUAUUACGCCAACGAUAGUUCUGACACCAAAAACUUCAAAUUUGUGAACUCGAAAUUUGGUCUGGUGAAGUUUGAUACAACGAAAAAGAUCCUAAGUAGCAUGGACGUUGAUAAAUCGAGGGAAGAAUUUUACGGAAAACUCGGAUUACUGAACAGAACGUUAAGGUCGACCCUUAUAGGAGAGGCGCUGGAUUUUUCAAGGGAACAGCAAUACGAGUUGCUGGUAGACCCGAACGAGCAAAAGGAAAAUAAAGUAAUUUCAUCAACGAAGCAAGGAACGGUUGAGAUUCCACGUAAGGUUCUCUUCAUUUUCAGCGAUGCUUAUUCUGUAGACGACGUUCGACCUGCUGCAAGACGAUUGUGUCAAGCGAACAUUAUACCAGUGCUGAUAGGAAUUGGUCGCGUGAACAUAAGGGGUCGAGAUGACCUUAUAAGUUACUGUGGUCUCGCAUUUGGAGUAGAAAAACCCGUGCCUGAGGUUAUUGAAGAACUAAAGAUCCACCUUGGUAUUAUUACAAACGACACGACGCUUCCGCCCCUGCCAACCAAACCAACGUUACCAACCAGACCCAGCACAACGACGACCACAACAACUACAACAACAACUACAACGACCACCACGACAACAACAACUACUACAGCACCCAAGCCACCUCCACCGCUUCCUGAACCAAGGAAAUUCAGCUACGCAGGAUUGGCUGGUCUACUAAUAGUAAUCGGAUUUAUUGAAAGUGUGACACUUGGAACGCUAAUGUAUUAUCAUAUUUGCCUGUCUGGUGGCUUGUAUCCUCGACCAACGGACUCAGAUGUUUCUGUAUUUGUACCAGGCCAAGAUUCGGAGGAAGAGAUCAAAGGAAACUCAAACACAUCAAAGUUAUCUCAAGCAACAAAAAAGAGGCGUUACAAAUACCCGACGGUGGUCAACAGUUUCUUUACAAGGCACUCAGCCAAAUCUAAGACAGAUAUCGUUAAGCCUUCAUCAAAAAUGACAAAUCUAAACCGAAAGUGUUGCGGGGCUUCAACGGCAAAUUUUUAAUGCACUGAUGAAGUACCAUUAAAGUUGGUCUUGCCUAGUGCUUGCCCUCAUAAA